UUCUUUCUCUCGGUUAAUGGAAAUAAUGAGGUGUUUCAUACCAUCCAAACAUUGAACAAUGCAUGUGUUUAAGGUGGAUGGUCAGUUCCUGGAAACUGGAAUGCAGCUUUAUUUCACACAUUUAGAAAAGAGUUGUUUUUCUCCUUGCCCGCAUUGCUAAGACCAGGAAAAAAAGAUUGAUCCUGCUGUCAUUCAUAAAGUACAUGAAUGAAAAUGCCAAAGUCCUUUAUUAUAUCUCAGUCUUAUCAUUUUCAGUUUUGUGGCAUUUGAAUAGAGCAACUAAUAUUUGAAUAACUCAAUAUUUGAACUGACAGAUUGAUUUCAAAUAACUUUUAAAAGUAUGUGAAGGUUACUCCUGGUUCCCUUGCCAGGUAUUUGCAGUACCUAGAUUCCUUUGGUGUUGGAAGAAGGGAUUAUUAAAAGAGAUUUGGAGAAAACAUAAUCAUUUUAUGAGAGGUGCUGUAAAUUUUUUUCCCUUUCUCUAUACCCACACCUCUGACACGUGGUUGCAUGCAGUAGCUUCCAUGGUAGGCAGAACAUUCUAUUCCUCAGUUUGCCCUUUAUUUUUUAAAGAAACUGAGAAACAUCAGUUGUAAUCAUUAAGUGGCUAUGCCCCUAAUGACCUCAUGAGUAUGUUUGUAUAGCUGGGAAAUACUUUCUUCUGCUAUUGUGAUUGAAAAGAUCAUUGAUUUGGUGGAAAAUGAAAUCCCACUAAAAAAGUUAGGGUCAGUUUCGCUUUAGCGAAAUUUAGCUAAAGCUUUCUUUAGUCACCAUGCAGAACUGAGAGGAAAAAAGUAAUAUCAAAAAUAAAAAGACCUACCACCCAUAAUUAUUGUGUCAUAGAUGGCGCCUCCUUUAUGUUCUUGUUUAAUUUUUUAAAAGUAUAAUUUAUUCAACUUGUGGCCUGAAUUUACUUAGGAGUUCUGAGCAUAGUUUACUUGAUGGAGCCAUGUAGUCUUUCCAGUGUGGUUGGAAAGGAGGAACAUGGGAAUAGACCUAAGCUCUGAAUUUGAUUAGAGUAGGGGACACUGUACUGAAAUUUAUCAAACUUGGUAAGUGUGUUUGUUUCUUAAUUGGUGUUCGUCACAGCUCCAAAAAACUCUGUGUAGUGGUUGACAAUUCAAAGACUAAGUCUUCCGAGCAUUCUCAACUGUGAGGGUUGUUUUGAUAACUUGAAAGCAAACUAUUUCUGGCACCAGUCUUUUGUUCUCCCUCAAGAGAGGCCUGUCUCCUCAUUGAAGUGAGGAAAGGCUUGUUUUAUGACUGGUGCCUCCCUGGCCCUCAUUUCCUUUUUCUGUACUGGCACCAGCCUUCUCAGGAUUAGUCUUUGUUGAAUUAGUUUGUUUCAUUUGUACCAUCAAAAAUACUCCCUAAAAACUUUGAGCGAACUUCUCUUAUCUAAAAUACCGUUCACCCAGGGUGAAAUGAGAACUGUGUUUAAGUGCCAAGACCCUGUAAUUGGGACCCCUAAACCUGGUACUGGUGUGGAGAUUCAGGAGUUGGGAAAAGGCUACAAAAAGCUUCACCAGUGAUGCAUAAAAACAAAACAAAACCCAAUUGUAUAUAUUUAUAUAGUAGUGCUGUGUGUCAGUCACUCCUCCAGCCUCUUUAUAAAACUCAUUUAAUCCUUAAUUCAUUGAGAAGAGCUUAUUUUUAUCCCUCAUUUUACAUCACAGAAAGUAAAUAACUUUAAAAAGGUCACACAACCAAUAAGUUGCCAAUUGGGCUUUCAACUCAUGUAAUUUGGCUUCACAGUUUUUGCUCUUAAUUUUUUGGCAAUAUUUAACAUCCAGAAAGCCUUGGAUUCUUUCCAAUAGAAGUUUUCAGUCUUCCGGGUUGACAGUGGUAGCAAUGGAAGAUGCAGCACCACCUAGUUACUCCAGACGAUCCACAGAAUAGAGGAUGUUGCCACGAAGCCUGCCUCUGUCUUUCACACUCAGCCUGCACAGCCAUUGCCAAGCUGAGACCGAUGCCUGUAGACUGUGCUGACAAACUGAAGAGCCUAGUUAACACAGGAUGACCUAGGAGUGCCUUUCCGUCUCUAACAAGAAACUGCUCAUUAGUGACAGUGUCAGUCUUGGUUCUGAAUGCUGCAGAUCACAGCAGGCGGGAUUUCUCCUUUCUUUAUUUCUGAAACAUUCACUUGACCUUCCAUCAGUAAGACUGACUUUUCUAAUUUGCUCCAGGAGAUAUUAAUGGAAUACAGUCAUGUCCACUCAAGACGAGAGGCAGAUCAAUACUGAGUAUGCAGUGUCCUUGUUGGAACAGUUAAAACUGUUUUAUGAACAGCAGUUGUUUACUGACAUAGUGUUAAUUGUUGAGGGCACUGAGUUCCCUUGUCAUAAGAUGGUUCUUGCCACAUGUAGCUCUUAUUUCAGGGCCAUGUUCAUGAGUGGGCUAAGUGAAAGCAAACAGACACAUGUACACCUGAGGAAUGUGGAUGCAGCCACCUUACAGAUAAUAAUUACUUACGCGUACACGGGUAAUUUGACAAUAAAUGACAGCACUGUAGAACAGCUUUAUGAAACAGCUUGCUUCCUGCAGGUAGAAGAUGUGUUGCAACGUUGUCGGGAAUAUUUAAUUAAAAAAAUAAAUGCAGAGAAUUGUGUGCGAUUGUUGAGCUUUGCUGAUCUGUUCAGUUGUGAGGAAUUGAAACAAAGUGCUAAAAGAAUGGUGGAGCACAAGUUCACUGUUGUGUGUCACCAGGAAGCAUUCAUGCAGCUGUCCCAUGACCUCCUGAUAGACAUUCUCAGUAGUGACAACUUAAAUGUAGAAAAGGAGGAGACAGUUCGCGAAGCUGCUAUGCUGUGGCUAGAGUACAACACAGAAGCACGAUCCCAGUAUUUGUCUUCAGUUCUCAGCCAAAUCAGAAUCGAUGCACUUUCAGAAGUAACACAGCGAGCUUGGUUUCAAGGUCUGCCACCCAAUGAUAAGUCUGUAGUGGUUCAAGGUCUGUAUAAAUCCAUGCCCAAGUUUUUCAAACCAAGACUUGGGAUGACUAAAGAGGAGAUGAUGAUUUUCAUUGAAGCCUCUUCAGAAAAUUCUUGUAGUCUUUACUCUUCUGUCUGUUACAGUCCCCAAGCAGAAAAAGUUUACAAGCUCUGCAGCCCACCAGCUGAUUUGCAUAAAGUUGGGACCGUUGUAACUCCUGAUAAUGACAUCUAUAUAGCAGGUGGUCAGAUUCCUUUGAAAAACACAAAAACAAAUCAUAGUAAGACAAGCAAACUUCAGACUGCCUUCAGGACUGUGAAUUGCUUUUAUUGGUUUGAUGCACAGCAAAAUACCUGGUUUCCAAAGACGCCGAUGCUUUUUGUCCGAGUAAAGCCAUCCUUGGUUUGCUGUGAAGGCUAUAUUUAUGCAAUUGGAGGAGAUAGUGUAGGUGGGGAACUUAAUCGGAGGACCGUAGAAAGAUAUGACACUGAGAAGGAUGAGUGGACAAUGGUGAGCCCGUUACCUUGUGCUUGGCAGUGGAGCGCAGCAGUUGUGGUUCAUGACUGUAUCUACGUGAUGACGCUGAACCUCAUGUACUGUUACUUUCCAAGGUCUGACUCGUGGGUAGAAAUGGCCAUGAGACAGACUAGCAGGUCUUUUGCUUCAGCUGCAGCUUUUGGUGAUAAAAUUUUCUAUAUUGGAGGGUUACACAUUGCUACCAAUUCUGGUUUAAGAUUCCCUUCCAGCACUGUAGAUGGGUCUUCAGUAACUGUGGAAAUUUAUGAUGUGAAUAAAAAUGAAUGGAAAAUGGCAGCCAACAUCCCUGCUAAGAGGUACUCAGAUCCCUGCGUUCGAGCUGUUGUGAUCUCAAAUUCUCUGUGUGUGUUUAUGCGAGAAACUCACUUAAAUGAAAGAGCUAAAUAUGUCACUUACCAGUAUGAUCUGGAACUCGACCGGUGGUCUCUGCGGCAGCAUAUAUCUGAACGUGUACUGUGGGACCUAGGGAGAGAAUUCCGAUGCACUGUGGGGAAACUUUAUCCAUCCUGCCUGGAAGAAUCUCCGUGGAAACCACCAACCUAUCUUUUUCUACCGGAUGGGACAGAGGAGUUUGAACUGGAUUGAGUAAUGGUUGCACUACCACCUGUAUAGUUGGGAGUUCAGGAGGUGCACGCCUGAUUUAUGUGCUUUGUCAUUUUCUUUGCUAAAUAAGAGAGGCUAUGAAAGGACUAAUAUGAGUACAUAAAAAUCUAUCUUUGAUAAAUUUUAUUUUUAUGCCCUACUUAAUAUUUGCAUCAGUAUAAUAUAUAUCAGUGAGUCUUGCAGAAAGAUAUGCUUCCAUAAUAUGAAAUAGAUUAUCCAAUAAUUGUAAUAAUUUUAUGUGUAUCAUGAGAGCAUAGAAUCUGGAUUAUCUAACAUUGUUAGCCCUGUGUAUGUACAGUUCAAAAAGUUCACUUAUUAAACUAGUUUCCUGUUCCUAGUGUGGUAUAUCACAAAUUGUGCUGAGGUUAUUUUAGCAUAUGUAUUUCGUUCCUGUGCUUCUGUUCUGAAGUCCUGGAAUACAGUUUUUUGGUGUAAUUAGUUCAGCUGCACUUAACACUAACGUCCAUGUUGGAAUAGAAACGUCUCGAUCCUGUACUAUAGUUGAGGAAGAUCUUCCAUUUUAUGGUAUUACACAGGGAGAGCUAGGACUGCAGGACCAGUCUAACUAUACUAUUAGGUGCAUGUACUCUCUUUCUCUUUCCACUAACUUAUACUUGUCUCUAGAAUACAGGUCUUCCAAUCAGCUGGUCAUUUACCAGGUAUGGACUUAAGUUGCUGGGCUUGCAAUGAAAUUUGCUAGUCCCUCAUUGUGCGGGUCUGGGUGGAGCAUUCAUCAGUAAAUGCCUCCACUUUCUGUAUUACAUUAACAUUGGCUCAUGCGUAUAACUACCUGCUGCUGUUGUAUUUCUCCAUCUUAAAGAUUCAGAGUGGGUCAACCAGGUCAUUACAUCUUAAUUUAAUAACAAGCAUUACUGUAGAGUGAUUGUGUAGAUACCCGUUAGCCGUCAGGGUGUGUGUUUUUAACCUGUUGUGUGUGGGUAGGAUUAGAAGGGUGAACUGUUCAGGAAUUCUCUGCACUGGCUGUGCGGACGAGCAGGUAACGAGUGCUGCUCUGGCAUUCGUCCAGGAACCACUAGCAGUAGCGGCGCUGCCCAUCUAACAUGAGCACAGGUGCUUCACGACAAACAUUACUAGCAUGUUCAACUGCAUAAUGUUCUGGCACUGUAUUUCGAAUGACAUUAAUUUAUUAAAUAAGUUGUAUAUAUUCA